CGGCCUGCUUCCGCUUUUAAUUUAUCGCAGUCGCGACUCGCGGCGAAUCGAAAGUAUAUAUGCGAGCUAUACCGCGGCACGUGCACGGAGUGAUGUAAGCGCGGGAAAGCCCGCGAGAGUCCAAUGCUGCAGUCCAGCGCGAAUAAUAUAAUCAACGAGUCGGUCCGUAUACGCGAGCCAUCUCCGAAAUCCGCCUGGUCGCACUCGAGUCACGCGCGCCGAUCCCGACCAACCGACUGUUUUCUUCAUUUUUUACCUACGGAAUCAUCUACGACACUUUGUCGAGCGACGGAGUUUCAUUCGGAAAAAAUGACGCAGGAUGCCAUCGAGUCCGAGUCGACCAGCAGGAGAGUGAACGUCAAUGCAUCCACUAGCCAAGUGGACGUCGAAGGGGACGCCAGUGGCAGUUCGAAAGACACGGCGACGAGUCCUACGCUCUGGGGACAGACCAAGUACUACUACAACAGGUUCAGAUAUUACCACUACGUGGUGGCCGACAAGAUCGACAUGUACCUAUCGGCCGUGUGUCUUUGGAUACUUAAUCUGUACUUUCGAUUGUUCUGGGCUGCGGAGGUGGAAGAGCCCUCCGUACAAUAAAACUGCUGCUCUGCAAAAUUAA